CUUCUAGUAUAACAUGCAGUUGUUUAGAUUUAUGGCUUCCUUUCCACUCUCUCUAUUUGUUGAUUUAACUCUCUUGCGCAAUGCCUCUCUGUUUUUCAAAUUGCUCUCUCCAUUAGAAAACCACAAAACAUAAUUCAAACCAUUUCUGUGGAAUGUGCCACAGCAUCCCCCAGCAAGGAAUAUGUAUCUAUAACAGCUGUACUAAUGACAUGUCUGACAGUCACAGAUACGUAAAUCACACUUGUGAGUUAGGUUCAUUUAUGAACAUUUUUUAUUUAAAAGUGGGCAAUUUACAGUUUAUUCAGAACACUUCAUAUAAUGCACAGAUUAGCACUGGAAAUCUGUGUUUAUAUACAGUAUGAACGGGUGGAACUCAGCUGUGAAGAGGCGGUACAUGAUAUAAAGUGGGCAAAGAUCAACUGAGAUAAAGUACAAGUAGUGGCAGAGAACAGAGUUUCAGACAAGCAGGCGAAGGAGAACCAAACAAAAGAAAAAGAUAAGAGUGAGGAAUGCAAUAAGAAGUGGGUCAAAUAAAAACUCUUGUGUACUUCAUGAUGGAAGGACCUGAUUUAUCUUCGACUAUCAGUCGUGCAGAGCUGAUUGAGUUUGAAGGCAUCUCUAUGGUCCAUUUCUUCACUGAAAACUGGGAGAAAAUUCAGAACUUCCAAGCAAGACCAGAUGACAUUCUCAUUGCCACCUAUCCCAAAGCAGGAACUACUUGGGUGUCCUAUAUUUUGGAUCUCCUCUACUUUGGCAACACAGCGCCAGAGCGUCAGACCUCCCAACCCAUCUACAUGCGGGUUCCUUUCCUCGAGGCAACCUUCCCAGGAAUACCUUCAGGGGUGGAUCUAGCAGACAACAUGUCGACUAAACCACGCCUUAUCAAAACCCACCUUCCUGUGCAACUGGUGCCCAAGUCCUUCUGGGAACAGAACUGCAGGGUUGUCUAUGUAGCUCGUAAUGCCAAAGACAAUGCUGUGUCUUUUUAUCACUUUGACCGGAUGAACAUGACAGCACCAGAGCCAGGAGACUGGAGCACGUAUCUACAGAGGUUCAAGAAUGGAAAGACUGUGUUUGGUCCUUGGUAUGAUCAUGUGUGUGGAUUCUGGGAGAAGAAGCAGACCUACUCAAAUAUUCACUACAUGUUCUUUGAGGACAUGGUGGAGGAUACGGGGCGCGAGUUGGAGCGUUUGUGUUCCUUCCUCGGUUUGUUUACACCAAUAGAAGAAAGAGAGCAGAUUAGAAAAGGAGUUCACUUUGAUUCCAUGAAGCACAACAGCAUGACCAACUACUCUACUAUCCCACUCAUGGACUUCAAGGUCUCACCGUUCAUGCGCAAAGGUAAAGUCGGGGACUGGAAGAACCACUUCACUGUGACUCAGAACGAGCAGUUUGAUGAACACUACAAACAGAAGAUGAAGAACAGCACCCUCCACUUCAGAACAGAGAUUUAAACACCAUGACCAUGACUCCAUAUCUUCCAUUACAUGCUGAUCAGGGACUGUUUUGUCAUUAUGUCUUGGUCGUUCUUGCUUGGCAGCUUUUUUCUCACGCACCUGCAAGCAGAAACACGCAAGCCUUCAUUUUAAGAAUACCAUAGUAGCGGGAGAAGCUGAUCAGUAUCUGAUGGACACAAAUUCUCACACAGUUAAGGAACCAAAUCAGACUGCCUUUUACUGCCAUUCAGUGCAACAAAUUAAAAAAAGUAGAAAAUAGAAAAAGUAGAAAUAUUUUGUCUUUAUUAUGGACACAAACAUAAAUUCACAAACCCUCUAUAGGAAACAACAUUAUAAUGCUUAAUUUCUGAAAAUGGGCUUCAUUUAUUAUAACAAAAAAAAUAAUAAUAAAUUAACAUAAAAUUGGUAUGCUCAAAGUAACAGCACUUUUUAUUGUUUUUGUUCAGUGGAGAAUCAUAACAUUUUUAGAAAUAUUUUUGUGUUCUAAAUAUCCCUGUAGAACAGUUUUUUUAUUCUUUCAAAACUUUUUCAAUUAACAAAAAAAUGUCAUUUGGACAGUGCUAUCCAGUGUUUUUGAUUAGUUGUUUAGCUUUUUUGACUGUUAAAUAAAACCUGUAAUGAAUUGUACACAUUGCUUCUAUUUAUGUAUUUCUUGCUGUAUCAUUAAAAACUUUUUUGAGAAUGAACUUAA